AUCGCCCCGUCGCGUUGCGCUCUUAUCAGUCGGAAGCUCAAGAGCUUUCGUCAAUAGCUUCGAUCUCCUCAGAUAUUCGACGCUUCUGCUACCCCUCGCGGGGCGCAUUGCUGUGAGGUUUCCCCUGGGAAUUUCCCCUCCAGCUCGCCACUCCGACGCGUUCACGAUCAUCUACAGCCAUCGUCCAGUCAUCACGGAGCUCUUGGUUGUUGAUCUAUCGCCGAAUCUUGUCGUUCAGACCACACCAGACUAUUCCACCAGCUUUAAUUUACGCAAAUUAUCUUUCCUGCUUGCCGGGAAACUGAGGCGCUUCACCGUCGCAAAUUUUCUGUUGCCAAUUUCCGUCUUCUCAAGAAUUCACCCAUCCCAUACUUCACACCCCACCUACAACUAUGUCGUCCUCAAAUACAAACAGUCACCACCCUCCCUCCUCCGCCGCAGACAUCACCUCCCAAACGAAUACCAACGUCCAUCUUGAUCCGAAUAGCGGUUACACUCCUAGCGACAACCAGCUCGCUGGUUUGGUGGAGGCAGCGACCGCAGCUGCAGGUCAAGAUGUCUCUCCUCAAUGGGCUGCCGCUGUUGCAACUGCUGCCGGAGUAGCAGGCCAUCAUCAACUUGAUGGGUACAGUGCAGACAUGCAUCUUGGCGACGAUGGAUUCGGGGAUACGAACUUUGGCGCGGGAAUGGGAGGCGGCCGACACCUGCGGGUACAGAACGACCAUUCCCAAGGAUCUGGACUAUCCCGCACUGUUUCGAAGAAACGAAAGAGAAACGAUGAAAACCUAGACCCUGCGCUAGCUGGAUCUGGUCUCUCCGGAGCACAGCAUCCACUUUCUCAACAGUCUCAACCAGGCCAGCAUGCCUAUGCUGGUGAUAACAUUGAUAUUCGUCCCGUCCCGCCGCAGUCGCUUUCUGAAGCGCGCGCAGUUGGUGUCCAUUCCGCUGCGGCACUGUUCCGCCAACCCUCGAGCAACAAAAAAUACACUCGUCCUCCAAUGUCGAAACUAUUUGCGUCGCUUGAACUGUCACCCGAAAACUUCUUGCAUCUCCAAGCUGCAGCCAAAGGUUUUAUGCUGGAUGAUGAUUAUCCUGAACGACGUGACUGUGUUGGUCAGCGCGGGAAGGGGGAUACGGAAAUGGUCAAGCUCCGACUUUGGAACUGCGUUCGACAAUUCCUCGACGACGAGGGAAAUGGCGAGCGUUUCUUCGGAGAAAAUGUCGUGAAUGAGGGUAUGGGGCCAAGGACUUACAUUUGGCCCCGCGACCAGCAAAAGAUCAUUUCUUUGGUCAUCCCUCUUUUGAGACGAAUGGUUACCAACGAACGACAACGCCAAUAUGCGAUUGAAUCACGGAAGGGAGGGGGCCCAGAAGAGCGCCGGCGCCGCAAAACCGAUGAAGGCUUCCAGGAUCUCAAUGGCCCUCGAUAUUCUCCAGAGCAGCAGCUCCAGCAGAUGCACAAUCAAAGUCAAUCAAUGGCACCGCCCCCGCCGCCACCUCCAGGACAGGUCACUCAGGCGCCGAUCGAAUCUGGACAGAUUAUGGAUAUCGGGUUGGUUGACCUGCUACUGGACGGAUACACAGUGGACUGGAACGACAUGUCUAAAUCAUAUGAUAUGUACAACCAGGACUAUGAACUGGAUAAUCUCUGGUCUCUCUCUGGUCUUCAGCAGCCCGAUUGGCGUGGAUUGGUUGCGGCUGUGGAUAGCCAUUAUCAUGUGGUCCACAACGGAGAUUAUGACUGUCCGACUGGCUGCGAGGACGCAAAUGUCAACCGUAUCGUCCACGCUGACGCUACGACAAAUCUACCAUGGCGUAUUGGAGGUUCACGCAACCCUCCUGCGCGUGACGAAUUCGCUAGCAGUAUCACCCGCGACGUCUCGCGGAUUAUCCGCGAGAACAUUGCUGCCAGGCAUGGUGCUCAUCCGGGUCCUCAAGGACAAGCGGGAGCCGAUCAACAGUUCCAUUCACAGCAGCCAUUUGUCCCUAUCCAUGAUGCGAAAUCCCACAUGGCUGCAAACAUGCCUUCUUCCCAUCCAAGUACCCAUACUCAAAUCUACCUCCGCAUCAACGUGCUUCAGCACGGCAAGCGCAUACUCCCUCGACUCGACCUCCAAGCAGGUCAAUGCCCCAAUGUCGACACGAUCAAGGAAUCGGUUCUCCGUCGCUAUCAUGGCCAAAUCCCCGGUCUUCCCCUCCUCCAAGGCUCGGAUAGCAUUGAUCAGCAAAUCCGAGACUCAGCUGCCGCAGCCAGCUGGAAGGUCAAGGCCUUGGUGCCGGAUGGCCUCAUCACGAUUCAAAGUGAGAAGGACUGGGCUUUCGCACUCUUGUCUGCAGAUACUGUGGACUGGAUGGAUGGCGAUUUGAAGAUUCUGGUCGAACUUGAAGGUGGUAAUACCCAGUAGACGAAAGUCUACUACUUUGUUUUUAUUUCCAUUUCUGAGGUUCUGUCUUGCUGCGGCAAGGAACCUGUGUAUUAUUUAUGCUUCUUGUACUAUUAGAGUUGAUAUGACAACCCCUGAG